CGUCUCUCGCACAAUUUAGCAACACAGACAGAGAGACACACAACAAAUCCGAAGAGUUCAAAGAGUGAAAAUGGCAGCGACGACUCUUUCCAUAGCAACCACAAUCCGCUCUUCGUCUUCUCUCACUCCCGCUUCCGCUCCCCAUGGCUUCCUUUCCCGACCCUCCGCAAUCGAAUUUCCCUUUCGCCUUGGUGCUUCUUCUUCCACACUGACCCACCGUGCAACUCACCUCCGUCCCAUUGCCGCCGUGGAAGCUCCGGAGAAAAUUGAGAAGAUUGGGUCCGAGAUCUCGUCUCUGACCCUCGAAGAAGCCCGCAUCCUCGUCGACUACCUUCAGGAUAAAUUCGGCGUCUCGCCGCUCUCUCUAGCUCCUGCUGCGGCGGCUGUGGCUGCUCCGGGCGACGGUGGUGCGGCGGCGGUGGUGGAAGAGCAAACCGAAUUCGAUGUGGUUAUCAACGAAGUGCCAAGCAGUAACCGUAUUGCAGUGAUCAAAGCGGUAAGGGCUUUGACUAGCUUGGCGUUGAAGGAAGCCAAGGAGCUCAUUGAAGGGUUGCCGAAGAAGUUCAAGGAGGGUGUGACGAAGGAUGAAGCUGAAGAAGCGAAGAAGCAGCUUGAAGAAGCUGGUGCUAAGGUUUCCAUUGCUUAAACUUCUUGAAAUUCGGAAAUGUAAAAGUGUUCUUCUUUUGUGGAAUUUUAUGGAACGUUUUUUGUUUGUUUGGUGUUGUUUAGCAUAGUUUGCGUCUGGGAUUGUUGAUUCAGGUUUGAGAAAUUAUUGUAAUGUGAAUCAAUUUGGAUUCCGAAAAGGGAUUUAGCCA